AUGUAUUCAAUACGGGCUGUGAAUUCGCAAGGUGGUGGAUGCGGUACUAUAAAAAGUAAACAGCUCCUGUCAAGUAUGGCUAGCGUCUCGGUCUUCCUCUCUGAUUUGCAGACUGGUCACUCCACUGCCACUGUUCAAGUCGGGUUGCUCCAUUUCUUGGAGGUCUGUAAUGUCUGUUGUGAUGGAAAGCUCAUGGGAGUCGACAUACUUGUACUAGAUAGCUAA